AUGAAAGAGGCGCCAGCGCCGAAAAUUUUUAAUCGAACAAUACAGGGGGGGAGGGGGGGCUCCACCGAGUGGGCGCUGAGAAACUACACCCGCUGCAGAAGAUCCUACCUCAAGAAAGAAAUCGAGAGCAACCUAAAAUUUCAUAUUACUAUUCUUUUUUGUUAUACGAUUAUGCUUAAGUGCUCCCUUGUAACUGGGGCAUCUAUUAUACAUGAUAAAAAGUUAGGGGAGUAUAGUCCAUGCCAAUCGAGCAGCAGCAAGCCCAUAUUUUGCAGCCAUGAAUUUUGCGAAAUGUGGCCUACGUGUGAAACUCCAAAUUUCCAUUGCCCUUAUUCUGUCGAUCAUUUGUCUGACAACACUUCAAGCUCGGGAUUUAUUUUUGAGGAUCAGUUGCACUUAUUCUCAAUUGUUCAACGUCGGCCACCUCCACUGGACAAUCUAUCUGUACCUCGGCGGGAACUCGCUAGAAGCCCACUAGUCAGGCUCGUUUUAUUCUUUCAAGGCAACCAUCGUCCAUUUCUUAGCACUUAUAGGUACAUUCAGAAGAACACAGGUAACAUACAAGAACUAGCCAAAUGGAAAUUGAGGAUGAUACAAAUUGGUCUGCAAUGGAUGGAAUAUCUUGAAAUUGUCAAUCCAGACCUUCUCAUUCCUUGGUUGGGCAAAUUGUGGAGCAAUUACACAUCAAUUCAAGUGGAAGCAUUGCUUUUCUCAAGUUAA